CUGAGGUUGACAUUUUUGGAACACUCUCCUCAGAAGCAGAAUUUUCUUUCGCUGCAGCUGCAUCAGCAGAAGCCCUGCUGUGCAGGCUGGAGUUGAGGGAAAACAUACAACAACAACAACAAAAAAAAACAUACAGCUCAGAAAUGAGUUUCUUAAACUGGAUUUUUUUUUAAGCAGACCACAUUGUGAUUCACAUGGUCUAACUGGAAAGUCCUGCUGUUUGGCAACAGCAGAAUCUCUAGUUGUACAGUAGUUCCUUAAGAGAGGCAGCACGCACACACACACACACUCACUCACACUCCUUUUCCAGUCGUGGAUCAUGGUGGUGCAGGCGGCUGUCACUCCGGGUAGAACCCGGAGAUUUUUGCUUAAAUUGCCGUAUGGGACUCUCAGACGAAGCAGUGGAGAAAGGAUGACUGAGGGGCGUCGAUGUCAAGUGCACCUUCUCGAUGACAGGAAGCUCGAACUUCUUGUGCAGCCCAAACUCCUGGCGAAAGAUCUGUUGGACCUGGUGGCUUCACAUUUUAACCUGAAAGAGAAGGAAUAUUUUGGAAUAUCCUAUACAGAUGAAACGGGCCACUUUAGCUGGUUGCAGCUUGAUCGCCGAGUACUGGAACAUGACUUCCCCAAAAAGUCAGGACCAAUUACGCUGUACUUCUGUGUCAGGUUCUACAUUGAAAGUAUAUCCUACCUGAAGGACAAUGCCACAAUAGAACUGUUUUUCCUCAAUGCAAAGUCUUGCAUUUACAAGGAACUGAUUGAAGUUGACAGUGAAGUAGUCUUUGAAUUAGCCUCCUAUAUUUUACAGGAGGCAAAAGGAGACUAUAGCAGCAUUGAAGUCACAAGAGCUGACUUGAAGAAACUGCCAGCACUCCCAACUCAAGCACUGAAGGAGCACCCUUCCCUUGCUUACUGUGAGGACAGAGUUGUAGAGCACUACAAGAAGCUAAGUGGUCAGUCCAGAGGUCAAGCAAUUGUAAAUUAUAUGAGCAUUGUGGAAUCAGUUCCCACAUAUGGAGUGCAUUAUUAUGCAGUAAAGGACAAGCAGGGUAUUCCUUGGUGGUUGGGACUGAGUUACAAAGGAAUAUUUCAGUAUGAUCACCAUGACAAAGUGAAACCAAGAAAGGUGUUCCAAUGGAGGCAGCUUGAAAACCUGUACUUCAGGGAAAAAAAGUUUUCUGUGGAAGUGCAUGACCCACGCAGGGCAUCAGUGUCAAGAAGAACCUUUGGGCACAGUGGAAUUGCAGUGCAUACUUGGUAUGCCUGUCCUGCACUGAUAAAGUCCAUUUGGGCUAUGGCUAUUAGCCAGCACCAAUUCUAUCUGGAUAGAAAGCAGAGCAAGUCAAAAAUCCAUGCUGCACGAAGCUUAAGUGAAAUAGCUAUUGACCUGACAGAAACUGGAACACUAAAGACCUCUAAACUUGCCAACAUGGGAAGCAAAGGGAAAAUCAUCAGUGGGAGCAGUGGCAGUCUUCUGUCAUCAGGUUCCCAGGAGUCUGACAGCUCCCAGUCUGCCAAGAAAGACAUGCUGGCUGCACUGAAGUCCAGGCAGGAAGCUCUGGAGGAGACACUCCGCCAGCGUCUGGAGGAACUCAAGAAGAUUUGCUUACGAGAGGCGGAGCUAACAGGGAAAUUACCUAAAGAGUAUCCCUUGGACCCAGGGGAGCAGCCUCCUGCUGUGCAACGGAAGAUUGGUACUGCCUUUAAACUGGACGAACAGAACAUUCUGCCAAAGGGAGAGGAGGCUGAGUUGGAACGCCUGGAGCGAGAGUUUGCCAUCCAGUCUCAGAUCACAGAGGCAGCGCGUCGAUUGGCCAGCGACCCCAACGUCAGCAAGAAACUGAAGAAACAAAGGAAAACCUCUUACCUGAACGCACUAAAAAAACUGCAGGAAAUUGAGAAUAUAAUUAACGAGUAUCGUAUCAAAUCUGGAAAGAAACCAACGCAGCGGGCUUCUCUUAUUAUAGAAGAAGCAAAUAUUAGCUCUGAAGACGGUUCGCUGUCGGAUGCCCUUGUUCUUGAGGAUGACGAUUCUCAGGUGACCAGCACAUUUUCCCCUACAGCCUCCCCUCAUAAAGGUCUGCCUCCUCGGCCCCCUUCCCACAACAGACCCCCACCUCCACAGUCCCUGGAGGGGCUCAGGCACAUGCACUACCAGCGCAGCGACUACGACAAGUCUCCUAUCAAACCCAAAAUGUGGAGCGAGUCUUCUUUAGAUGAGCCAUACGAAAAAGUCAAGAAGCGCUCUUCUCACAGUCACUCCGGCAGUCACAGGCGCUUACCUAGUUCAGGGAGCUGUGCAGAGGCUGGAGGGAGCAACUCCUUGCAGAACAGCCCGAUCAGGAGCCUCCCCCACUGGAACUCCCAGUCCAGUAUGCCAUCCACCCCGGAUCUACGUGUACGGAGUCCACAAUAUGUCCAUUCCACAAGAUCAGUUGACAUCAGCCCCACCCGACUGCACAGUUUAGCACAGCACUUUAGACACCGGAGCUCCAGCCUAGAGUCGCAGGGCAAACUGCUGGGUUCUGAGAACGAGACGGCCAGCCCUGAUUUCUACACCCCACGGACACGCAGCAGCAAUGGCUCGGACCCCCUGGACGACUGCUCCUCCUGCACCAGCCACUCCAGCUCCGAGCACUAUUACCCUGCCCAGGGCAACCCUAAUUACUCCACUCUGGCCGAAGACUCCCCUUCCAAGGCAAGGCAGCGACAGAGGCAGCGGCACAAAUCGGCAGGGAACCUGGGCUCCUCCAACUCCGGCAGCAUGCCCAACCUGGCUGCUAAAAACGGGGGUGCUCAUCACGGGGUGUACAUGCACAGCCAGAGCCAGCCUUCCUCACAGUACCGCAUCAAGGAGUACCCGCUGUACAUCGAUGGCAGCCCCACGCCGGUUGUGGUGCGCAGCCUGGAAAAUGACCAGGAAGGACACUACAGUGUGAAAGCGCAGUUCAAAACCUCCAACUCUUACACAGCAGGGGGUAUGUACAAGGACAGCUGGCACGGGGAUGAGGGGGAAGGCAGUGGCCGGUUGACCCCCUCCCGUUCUCAGAUUGUAAGGACCCCCUCACUGGGACGGGAGAGCGGGGGCAGGACUGCCGUGUCGGACGAGCUCAGGUGCUGGUACCAGCGCACCUCAUCCACCCUCAAAGAGCACAACAGACUAUCGCACACCAGCUCCAACUCCUCUGACAGCGGCUCACAGUACAGCACGUUGCAGGGCUCCUUCAUGGCACACAGCAGGAAGUCCAGGAUGUCUCAAAUGUCCAAAGCACCGUCAGCUGUCUCACCUAACAAUCAGAGGAGCAUGACACCGAACAGCGAGCCUGCAGCCAUGCCACCCAGCAGUCCACAACAUAUCCUAAGCUGGCAGAGUGGUUCUAGGUCCUACAAUGACAGCUGUUACCUGGAGAGUUCCUUGUACACUGAAUUAGCAGAUGUCCAGUGGUAUGGGCGAGAAAAGGCCAAGCCUGGGACUCUGGUCUGAACUCCUGUUUUGUUACUGUUACCACAUCAAUGUCAUUCUGAGAUCGCACAACACUAUCCUGUCAUUUGCCUUAUACGGGCACUAUUACAUUCCACUAGCUUCAGCUCCCACCACUUCUACAACAAUGAGCAAUGCCAUGGUUAGGGACUCUGUGAACUGACUGAGUUAUGGUACCCUACAGACUGUCAGUGGUUGGUAUUGGUAUUUUUAUCCUUCUGGGUAUUUGACCAUGAACUAAACAUUACCCACUGACUGGCAGAUGCCAUCUGAUCAGCCAUUAGGCCAGCCGUCAAGAAAUCAACAGCAUUCAUAGUCAGUUUUGAAUUCACAAAAAUGAAAUCUCUGAAGAAAUGCUGGUGUUACAAACAAGCCACUAGACUCUGGUCUCAGACAGCUGAUGUUUAUUUCCAAUGCAAUACGAAUUAUGUUUUAUUUGGUGCCAGCCCAUGGUCCCAUAGCAAAGUUAACCUUCAUAGAGUUGUCUGUGUUCCUUCAACCUACAUUGUCUGCAUUUUGGGAACAACAAAACUUAAAGAAGAAAGCAAAAGAUACUAACAUUGUACUGGACCAAUAAAUAAAUACAAAAAUUGAAAAAUGUUAAACACUGCUUUUUAUUUUUUAAUUGGAAAAUAUUAAGAAUAUUUUCCCCUAAUUGUUUUGAAGGAAAAAAAAAAAGAUUCAGAAUCCACAUUCAAAAGGCACAUGUUUUUGGAUCAGCAGCAUCUGCCAGCUGCAAACAUUUGUAAUUAUGAUGGAGCAUCACAUUAGCUGCUGAACUACCAAAGAUAAAAAGAAGAAGAAAAAAAAAAAGAUAUGGGACUUUACAGAGGUUUAUCUGAACAAUACUUCACAUGAAGACGCCCCAGCCUUCAACACAGAGCGCAGUCCAAUACACAUCUGUAUCUCAAGGACUACGUUAGUCAGUUUCCUUCUGAUUUUCCUGUUUUUUGUUACUACCCCAGGUACUGCAGUGUUAUUCACCUUAAAGCCAGUACAAGUUGAGGAACAGGUUUUUGCAAUAUGCAAAAAAAAAAAAAAAAUUGACCUGGAUCCAGGUUUUUAUUUUAACUACAUGCUUUCUCUGACACACAUCCUUUCCUGCCAAUCAUCACCAUACUUAAAACUGCUUUAAUAAAAUCAUUGUUAUUUUAGCAUAGAGAUUGUUCUUUGUCUAUUGCAUAAGUUUGUUUUGGCUAGUGGCUUUUUUUUUUUUUUUUUUUUUUUUAACUAUUGAGCUCACAAGGUUAAAAAACAAACAAAUAAGAAAACUCAUUGUUUUGAACCAUUUUUAAUUUUUUUUAAACAGUUCGGAUAACAUACAAUUGUCCAUUUUCGAUAGCUCAGUCCAUAAAGGUUCAUCUCUCAGGCUUAUCAGUGCCCACCUUUCUUCCGUAAUGGCAAAGGCAGGGCCCGUACAGGUGCUUUACCCUCAGGUGCUCCAUUGGCUGUACUGUAACAUCACUGGAACAGCUAUGAAACAAACCUGUACUCCUGGAAUUGUUUGAACAUGGCAGCUUACUGUGGGUGGGUUAAAGGGAGCGUUUUGUCAUCCUACAGAUCAAGUGGCACGAGCCUGUAGCUUAGCAGGUCACACACAUGAUUAGAUCAGUCUUGGUUUGUUAUUAUGUGACUAUUAUAAAUCAUGAUUCAUUUUUAUCCACAUUCUGCCUUAAAGAACAAAGUGCAGGUUUGUACCAAGCUGUGGGUAUAAGUUGUAUGCUAUAAUUGCUUGCCUGCUGCUGUAGAAUGCACAGUAUUCACAUGCAGUAUUUGGACCUUGGAUUAGACUGUACAGUUCUUAUAUGAUAUAAAAAGAUACUGUGAACCCUUAGCCAAUAAAAUGUAUAGCCAUAAACAGGCAGUCUUAAGUUUGCUUUUCAGAAAUCUGGGUACAGAAAAAGUCCAAAAUAAAGAAAUUAAUAAGCGACUUACAAGCUGUUUCUGUUGCAUAUAAAGGAACAAAAUAAUUCAUAUAGCAUCACUUGGCUCAGUUUAUAGUUAUUUUAAUAUUGUUUCCAGUUAUGUGAGGAAGGGGAAAUCAAUGCCUGUAAAUUAGUAGGUGUACUGUAUUGAUUCGUUGAAAUAUGAACAAUUUUAAGUAGUUACUUGGUUUCUGUUUAUUCAUAAUGUAACUGUUCCAUAAUGUUUGUUUCUCCGGGUAGGUAUCCUUUUAUAUCUACCAGUCACCUCUGCUAUCGGUGUGUAUCAAUACAGACAGAACAGUAACGGUUGGUUUUAAGCAAGGGAAGCUUUGGUAUCAUCUGUCCCAAAGGUCCACGCAAUAAUUUACAGCCUUAACUGGCAAAAUAUCUUUCGAUUUGCCAACCUAAGACACAAAAAACAAUUAGUGGUACAAACGAAAACCAUGUGCGUUACCCCCACACUGUGAUUCUUUCGUCAAAUGAGUAUUUAUUUGUAUUUUUUUCUGUGUUUAUUUUUUUCAAAUGAUUUCUGUCCAUGUUGUUUAUGCCUAUUGACCAGGAUAUUGGCUAAGUCUGUUAUUACACAUGACUUAAUAUUGCGUUUUUAAAUUUCAACAUGGUUUAGCAUCAUUUCAAGCAAAGUACUGUGUAUGACAUGAUUUAAUGCUGGCACAAUGUGAAAUCUCUACAGGGUUUUCAGCAAAGGGGUUUUAUUGUAAUUGAAGGGAAUGUUUCUGCUUCUCCGAGCAGAGCCGUGUUUGAAUGGAAUGAAGACAGCAAUAGUGAAAGCAGACCAAGAGAAAGAAAAGAAAUCUCUAAGUAUGAUCCAGAAAAAAUAAGCGCCUAUACAACACCAAGAAAGACAGAGCAAGCACUGCCAAUUAGAACAAAAGAAGAGAUCUCCAUGGCAACACUGCUGGCUGACAGUUAUUUGUUUUGCCAUUAUUUAUAGCUUAAUCACAAACAAAAUUGAGUAGUGAAAAAUCCAACUACCUUUUUAAAUUCCACUGUGAAAUAAAGCUUUAAAAACAUAGUUUCUAUUUUAAUUAAAAAAAAAAAAAAAAAAAAAAAAAAA